AUGGGAAAUCUCGUGAGCAAUGACUACGAGAAUGACGUCAGGGUUAAUCAUUUGGAAUCACCAGCCAAGGAAAGCAAGGGACAAACCACAGCUGCACCCAGUGUCAGUCAGGGAACCAAGUCUGCAGGGUCUAUUUUUUCUCAAGUUCCAAUAUGGAUCAUUGCCGUCGUUGGCGUCCUUGCUGCGUUAGCCGUUGUGUUCUGUAUCUACUGCUGUUGCUGUCGAAAAUGCGGUAAAAAAGACAAAAAGGAAAAAGACAAGAAAAAAGARCGCGUCGAUCUACAAGCUGUGAAAAUUGGCGCCAGUUACCAAGAGAAAGUACAGCCUUCGUUUGAUGAACUGGACUACAACAGCGAGGACUACUACUCUGAUCACAGCUCAGGAGUUAAGAUAGGAAGAAUAAAUUUUAAUCUGGACUACAACUUCAAUGAUAAUUCUCUGASGGUUGGAGUGAUACGUGCCGAGGACAUCCCCGCAAAGGACUUCAGCGGAUCRUCCGAUCCUUACGUUAAAGUCAUUCUGCUUCCGGACAAAAAGAAGAAAUUUGAGACUAAG